CUAACAGACUGGGACUAAAGCUAACAGGUCCCAGGUCAUGAUAUCAUGCUAACAGACUGGGGCUAAAGCUAACAGGUCCCAGGUCAUGAUACCAUGCUAACAGACUGGGGCUAGAGGUUUCAGUCAUCGUCCUCACCAGGUGAUGGUCGUAGAAGACAUGGAAAUAAAGAAACAGCACUGUUGUUGUAUUGCAGAGUAGAGUAGUCAGUCCUAGUGUUGUUAUAAGUGAGGAAAACUGUAACAUCUGCUAAUUUCAGUUCAACUUUAUUGUCAGACUCAGUCUGUUUGUUCUAAGAUAACCCAGUUUGGCUGCUUAGCUAACUUGGACAAGCAACACAAAGGUUAUCUUACUACUUUAUUGUUUGUAUUUUCAAACAAUAUGUUUUAGUUUUAAUGUUACAAGAGUAAAGGCUAAAUAUCAGGACCGAGCGGCUAACGUUAGCCUAAACUCUGAUAGCAUGCAGGGCCCGCUCCCAGCCAGCGGAUGCUCCAGUCCUGAACAACCUGAAUAUUAAAACAUGAUGUAGUAUGAAAUUAUGAAAUAAAAUGCUACUUUGGUGGAUUUCUUCACAUAACCAGAUAUUAAUAGACGCCUCGCAGUUUAUUGUUGUUAUUGCAGCCGCUGGACAGUAAAUCUGUUUCUAUUCUCACUCUGAUGACUCCGCUGCAGGCCCCGCCCCCCGCGGCACGAGCUGUCCACGCGUCCUCUCUGCACUCUGAUUGGCUAUAUUCACCCAAACAGCCCGUGCUAGCCAAUCAGACAGCUCCACCCUCCAGCGGCUCGGGGUGUCCACGCUCUGAGCGCGUGCUGCUCGGUGAGAGGUAACGGGACACCGGGACUCCCUCCGCCGGUAUAAAACGGACCUCAAACUGUUUACCGACACAGAAACUAACGGCAAAUAACACGGUUUACAUUUAUCUCAAAUAUAUCUCGUUUUAAUUCGGUUUUUCUUUAUUAUUAAUCGACAUUCGAUCGGAUUUCAUUAAAUGUAUGUAAAUAUUAAUACAAUCGUAUUUUAUUUUCAAUCUAAUUAAAUUUGAUUAGUUUUAUUUUUUAUUCCAUAAAUCUUGACCAUCAUCGCCGGUACCAGUGUCCCGGUACCGUUUACCAUCAUGGUUCUGUCUCCGGUGAACAAGCUCAAAGUCUUCCAGCUGGUCUUCUCGGAUCCCGGCCGGUCCUUCUACAGCAGCGGGGAGAAGCUGUCCGGCUCCGUGCUGCUGGAGGCGGCUCAGCCCUGCAGGGUGACCGGCCUCAGGGUCACCGCCGCCGGCUGCGCCCGGGUGGACCACCGCGGCGGGAAGAACCGCAAGAACCGCAGCCAGGAGGUGGAGUACCUGAAGUACGAGGAGGAGCUGCGGCUGCAGGAGCAGCUCAGCAGAGACGCAGACGGCUGCUUCCUGCUGCAGCCGGAUAAAACGUACAGCUUCCAGUUCGGCUUCCAGCUGCCUGCGGCCGGGUGUCUGGUGUCGUCCUAUAAAGGAAAGUUUGGCUACGUCCGUUACUACGUGCAGGCGGAGCUGGACAGGCCUUCCCAGCGUGCUUUGCAGUGUGAGAGGGAGUUCGAGGUGGAGGAGCCGCUGGACGUCAACCGCCCCGACCUGCUGGUACGAAAACACACGAACACACGAGACUUCAACACGUUUCAGGAUCCCGAUGAUUCAGAUUUCCUUCCUGCAGUCGUCGUUUCACUUCAGGCUCCGGCUGCAGCCUCCAAACAGAAGAAAGUCACCUGCAUGUUCAUCCCCGACGGACAGGUGUCCAUCAGCGCUCAGAUCGACAGGAAGGGAUUCUGCGAGGGAGAAGACAUCAACAUCAACGCCAAGUUUGAGAACACCUGCUCGCGUAUCGUAGUGCCGAAGGCCGCCAUCAUGGCCAAACACUCGUACGUCGCUGACGGACGCACCAAGGUUUUGAAUCAGAAACUGUCGGCGGUUCGAGGAAACCACAUCAUCUCCGGGAUGUGCGACAUGUGGCAGGGGAAGACCAUCAGAGUCCCCAAACUGAAGCCGUCACUGCUCGGCUGUGACAUCAUCAAGGUGGACUACGCCCUCAUGAUCUACCUGCACAUCCCCGGCAGCGAGAAGCUGAUCCUGGAGCUGCCUCUGGUCAUCGGUACGAUCCCGUUCAGCGGCGUCGGCAGCAGGACGAGCAGCAUGAGCAGCUGGUCCUCCUUGCCCUCAGCCCCCCCCAGCUACAGCAACAUCCACAGAGACCUGAGAGUGGACGGCCCCCGCACCCCGCUGCUCCUCGACUACGACGGCGGGGAGGACGACGAGGACGAGGGGGGGCUCUUAAUGAGAGCACCUGAACUGCACUACCCCCCUCCCCCCGCAUACAGCGAGGUGGAUCAGGGCGCCGCGAGCCCUCCGCAGGUUGUUCAGGUCUUCUGAGUACGACUUCCUGUCCAACCGCACGGUCUCGCCGCCGCGACGGGACCGAACCCCUGAAGACUGAGCUCGACCGCCCCGUCAGUCAUUCUCACAGUGAGCUCCAUGACGACGACGACGACUCGGCAGUUUGUUUUGUAGAUAAAAACAGAGGAAACGUUUUGUUGUGAAAAGUUGUUUUUAAUAUUUGGGGUUUUUUAUACGAAUGUUACAGGAAGUUAGUUUUGUAUAUUAUGUAAAUAAGAGCAUUUAUUUUUUUACACAAUAAAUGAGUUUAACAUGA